GUCAGGAUUAUUCUGACCAGAUGUCACUGACAAGGAUAUCAUUUCCAGGAAAUACGAUGCGUACGUGACAUACAGGCACAGAUACAUGGUGCGGGUUAAAGAGGGAAGAGGCCAACGAACAGCCCCGCCGCUGUGAGUGUGUGUGUGUGUGUGUCUGGAGAGAGAGAGAGAGAGAGAGAGAGAGAGAGAGAGAGAGAGAGAGAGAGGUGUCAGUGUGUGUGUGUGUGUGUGUGUGUGUGUGUGUGUGUGAGAGAGAGAGAGAGAGAGAGAGAGAGAGAGAGAGAGUAUUGAGACAACUACCGCAGUCCUUACCUGCAAAGCAGGGCUGGCUACCGCUAGCCGGGGUUGAGGGGUUCCUCCGUUUGCGGGAUUGCCAAUCAUAGGCAAUUCGAUGGUACCGGUACUAGGAGGAGCCAUGACCGGUGGCAAGGAGCGCGGUUGGAAGGGGAGAUUGAGAAGAAGACGACAACGGCUUGGCGCGCAGCUGUUGCCAGCUCUCAAAGGCACAAUAGCAGGAGAAUGCCCGCGUGGCUUUCCAACGAAAACGUUUUGCCGUACCUCCACCUCCACCUCCACCUCCACAACAACCACCUGUUCUUCUUCCUCAAGAUUUCCCUGCACUGAUCGUGAUCGCCCAUCGUUUUUGUCCGCACGCACUCCUCCAGCGCCACGUGGCACGAUGACAUGCGCGCUCACGCCGACCACCCUUAUCCUUCUCCUGACGCUCUCCCGCCUCUGCUCCGGCUUUCGCAUAUCUCAUUUCAACUGGCGCACAGGAGAAUUCAAUGCCUCCAUGAACGCCUGCGAACCGUCCGAUCUGUCUCCCUUUGGCGGGAGGAUACCAGCAACUUGCGACAUCGGCCGCCCUAAUUACAGCAGCGAUCGUAAUUUUGCUGGAAUCGGGGAAGUUGCGGUAUUAAGAGGACGCUUUGAGCCUUUAGUAGCGCGUGGAUUUUGUGAUGUCUACGACCGCGACCGGCAGAGGAACGUCUUCUGUGAUCCGGAUGGCCCGAGCACACGUGCCAAAUCGUCGUCAUCCUCAUCACCAGGGCACGUGGCACCCACUAUAGCGGCAAGUGAUUGGGCUCCAUACGAAUCUUCAGCGACAUUUCUGAUACACGUGGCGCUUGAUGGCCGUUUGUCGUCGUCUUCGCACGGGGGAGACUGUCCCGUUCUGGAAACUGUCUUCAUCUUCUCUCUCACCCCGGACGAGAGGAUGAGCUGCCUAUCGCAGCAGUAUACCUCCGUAAUCCCGAACGGUGGAUGGGUAACCCACAUCAGCGACUCAGGUGAGAUGCCAUUGGAGAAUGAAAAGGGGUAUAAGAGGGAGGGGACAAUGCCAGUGAUCAUUUUCAGCUCCAUUGUUCCAGCCAUGGUUCUCGUCAUCGUCGCGCUGUUUUGCCGGUACUGCUUGCCGUUGUAUAAUGACCCGAGAAGGCGAUUAGGAAGGAGAGGGGUUGGGAGAAGAGGGGGAGAUGUGGGUGGUGGGAGGGGAUGGGGGGAGGAGGAAGCGGUUGUAAGCCGGAUCCCGAUGCUGACGGCGACGAACGCAGUGGGGACCUCGUCCGCCUCCCCCUCCUACCCUUCGACUAUGUAUUUCAGCAUCCACGGGCAGCAAAACCAUUUCGUGCGAAUUGCUGGGACCUCUAUCAACGGUCAUUCUCGGUCCUUGCCUCCGCUACAUCCUCCCUCAUCUGACGUCGACGGGACCAUGAAGUGGCACAACGAAUCGGUCGUCGUAAUUGCCGGCCCUAAUCCCAAGGAUCUGCCAUGGCUAGGGGUUGGUGAGCCGUCUCCUCCUCCUCCUCCUCCUGCUCCUCCUCAUACCACUACUCCACCUCCUCCUCCUCCUCUUCCUCCUCCUCUUUGUGCUCCUCCUUCUGGACAGCCACAUCAGUAUAAUGGCGGCCAAAUCACAGGGGCUCUGCAGCGGAUCAUCAUUUAUGUUCUCUUCGCUAUGAUUUGUCAGUCUUCAAUCCUUUUGGAUUUUAUUGACCAGCGGGAGUCUUCGUGAAUUGCGGAUAAGCAAGUGCUGGUUUUCUCGCUUAACGACAUGGAUUCGGCAUGGCUCUCCGUUUGUCUUGUUCUCUCCAUCACUGCCUAUCUAGCAUUUCUUUCGAUGUUGGCGUUAUUGGAGACCCGAUGUUGUUGCUGCUCCAGCCUUGUUUAAACGAAGUCCUUUAAUUGCUCUGCAAGUACUAUUGCUCCGAGAUUUUGCAAAGCUUAAGACCGAGAUCUUGCGUCACGGAUUUGUGUAUGCUAGUGCCAACGGCGCGGGAGCUACUAUAUUGUUAUUUUCUAAUUGAUUUUUUCCCUUUUUUUUUCCUUUUUUUCUGUGGUGAUGAUCUAGUGCGGACAUCUUGCUGGCUAUGUGUAGGAUAUGGUGUUGCCCAGUGACGAACUUGGGUGAGGAGCUGAUGGUAUGUGUGGGAGUCUUUUGUUCUGCUCUAUCCGUCUUUUUUGUCUUAUGAUUGUUUCGAAAGUGCAGAUAUCCUCACUUCAUAUGCUAUGGUAGUGCUCGCCUUUCUAUACUGCUGUGAGGCGCUUCGAUCCUGAUUGGUCGUGCAAGUACCGAACGAGUUGUAUAAUUAAUGGAUCGGCGACAGUGAGCGGUAUAAAGCUGCUCUAGGAAAAUUAUUUUUGUUGUCUGUCGGCAUUUCAUUUUUUUCACGGCAGUAGCGGCACAUUGUGCGAACAUGAUAGGAGUCAUUGUCAUGGGAUCACGUCUCUGCCUUUGGUCCCUUGCUUACAUGGCGAUCUGAGCACUUGCUUUUCUCCAGCCGCUCUUAUUGUUGCUGAUGCACGCUCCGGCGAUUGACUCCUGCCCUGCCCCCAACGUUGAAGAUGGGUUACUGAGGAUGAUGAUGAACGCAUGGCCACUAGUGCUAACCUUGAUACUUGUGAUUGUAUCAGUUUCUUUCAUUUCACUAUUGAUGUUUAUGGGGAGUCUUGUGUGUAACUAGAGGACAAUUGUCGUCGUAUUCGGUAGUAAUAAUUAGUUGCCAGCUGUCAAGGGUUCGUAUUUUUUCGAUGUUAUCGAGGCUUUAUGUGGAACUGAAGGAUGACUGUGUUAGCAUAGAUUGAUUGAUUGAGGGAUCGAUUAGACCACUUUCUUCAUCGUCCUUGUUUUUUUUUAACGAAACAGAUGCUACCUUCGAUUCCUGGAGUAAUUUGUGC